AGCCCUGAAUGAUCAGGAUUCCCUCAUGGAAGAAUAUAAAGACUGUUUCGAAGGACUUGGAUGUCUCCCAGGACAACAUAAAAUAUGUGUGGAUAAAAAUGUGCCACCUGUUGUGCAUCCCUGUAGGAAAAUCCCAUUUGCACUGCGGGAAAAACUAAAAGACGAACUGGCACGCAUGGAAAAACUAGAGGUCAUCAAGAAAAUAGAUGAGCCAACUGAAUGGGUCAGCUCACUGGUGGUUCUACAAAAGAAAACAGGUGCUCUCAGAACAUGCUUGAAUCCAGGGGAUUUAAAUAAAGCAUUUAAAAGAGAACAUUUCAAGCUGCCAACCAGAGAAGAAAUCAUGGCACAGUUUGCCGGAGCUAAGUGGUUCAGUAAACUAGAUGCCUCAUCAGGUUUCUGGCAGCUGAGGCUGGACGAGGAGAGCUCUAGACUUUGUACGUUCAACACACCUGAGGGCAGAUACAGGUUUCUUCGUCUGCCAUACGGCAUCUUGUCAGCUCCUGAAGUCUACCACAAGACCAUUCAUAUGAUUUUUGAGCACAUUCCAGGAGUGGAGACCAUGAUGGAUGACAUCAUAGUUUGGGGAACCACUAGAGAAGAACAUGACCAAAGACUGAGACAAGUACUAGACAAGACAAGAGAAGUCAAUCUGAAACUAAACAAAGAUAAAUGUGAGUUUGGAGUGAAAAAACUUACGUUUGUGGGAGAUGUUGUCAGUGAGAAUGGGGUGAAGCCAGACCCAAAGAAAACGUCAGCAAUAUGUAACAUGGAAAGACCAAACAACAAAGACGACGUCAGAAGGUUUCUAGGAAUGGUCACCUAUCUGGCAAAGUUUGUCCCACAACUGUCAACAUUGUCAGCACCUCUCAGAAGUUUGCUUGAACAAAAGAAUGAAUGGAUCUGGUCCCAUGAGCAAGAGCAAUGUUUUCUAAAGUUAAAAGAGAUUCUCACACAAGAGCCAGUGCUAAAAUUUUAUGACCCAGAGAGAAGCACCAGGAUCUCAGCAGAUGCAUCACAACACAGACUGGGUGCAGUGCUGUUGCAGCAACAUGAGGAACAGUGGCUGCCGGUAGCCUAUGCAUCCAGAGCUUUGACGAGUGCAGAGACACGAUAUGCUCAAAUUGAAAAGGAGCUGUUAGCGAGCAUGUAUGCUUGUGAACGUUUCCAUCAGUGGCUGUGUCUC